AUUGGGAAAAGUGGAAGAAGAAGCUGGGCGAUUUAGCUUGUUCACUUUUUCAGACUGGAAUUUAUGCGUGUAAUAUGAACCGGGGUUUGUUAGUUCGCACGUUCAAGUCCACCGCUUGAUGACCCUGCUGCUUUAUGAUCCGCAGGCGAAAUCGGGCAUAGGUGCACUGUAGCACGGGAACUUGUGGACAAGUGUAUAGGAUCCCGCAUUCAUAUCGUGAUGAAAAGUGAUAAAGAAAUUGUUGGCACCCUCCUUGGUUUUGAUGAUUUUGUCAAUAUGGUACUAGAAGAUGUUACAGAGUUUGAAAUCACACCUGAAGGAAGAAGAAUCACAAAGUUAGAUCAGAUUUUGCUAAAUGGCAACAACAUAACAAUGUUGGUUCCUGGAGGAGAAGGACCGGAAGUGUAAAUACAUUCAUUUUCUUCGUGAUGAACUUAAAUAUUCUGCAGGAAUAUUUUCAGAAAGUAGUGGUGUUUUUGUUUUUUUACAUUUGAAGUUGAUAUUUGAAUAUAAGGAAGAUUUUCCAUUUCAGGGAAAAUGCGUCUUUAAUGAUGACUUUGUAAGUUGAAAUCAUGACUUUGUUGUAAAGCAAAAUUUGUUCAGAGUUUGGAAUAAAGAUUUUUUUAUGUUA